AUGGCCCACGAACACAACGGGGUUACCCAGAACUCCUCCGACUUCUUCCAGUCUAUUGGUAGCCAGGUCGCCGGACUCGACAAGGAUGCCCAGGGAAAUGAGGAGGAAGAUGUCCCUCCCGUGGAGGAGAUCGAGUCGCUUUGCAUGAACUGCCAUGACAACGGCGUCACCAAGCUCCUGCUUACUUCUAUUCCCUACUUCCGCGAAGUCGUUAUUAUGUCCUUUGCCUGCGACCACUGCGGCUUUGCCAACAAUGAAAUUCAGCCGGCCGGAAAGAUUCAACCCCGUGGUGCUCACUACGAAAUUAGACUGACCGAGAUGGCCGACUUUGGCCGUCAAGUUAUCAAGGCAGACACAGCCAUUGUCAAGUUCAUUGAGAUGGAUUUGGAGAUUCCUGCUGGUCGUGGUCAACUGACCAACGUGGAAGGUCUUUUGACCAACGUCAUGGAGGAUCUUGAGGGUGACCAAGAGGCUCGCCGAGAGCACCAGCCGGAAGUCUAUGCUAAGAUUGCCGAAAUCAUCGCCAAGGGACGCGCUAUGCUUGCUGGUGAAGCCUUCCCCUUCCGCAUGUAUGUCGAUGAUCCUGCUGGCAACUCUUUCAUCUCUCCCGAUCUCAAGGACGGUGUCGGCAAGUGGGAGAAGCGCGAGUUUGUUCGCACACCUGAACAGAAUGCCGCUCUUGGUUUGUCUGCCAGCGACCCGAACACCGCUGCGCUCCAGAACCCCGGUGUUACUGCUGAUGGCGAGAUUAUCCCCAACGAAGUUUACAGUUUCCCUGCCUCUUGCCCGGGCUGCAUGCAUCCCUGCACUACUCACAUGAAGAUGGUUGAUAUCCCCCACUUCAAGCAGGUUGUUAUUAUGUCUACGGUUUGCCACGACUGCGGUUACCGAUCCAAUGAUAUCAAGUCCGGUGGUGAAAUUCCCGAGCUUGGAGAGAAGACGACUCUUAUUGUGGAGGAUGAGACUGAUCUUGCUCGUGAUAUUCUCAAGAGUGAGACUUGCGCUCUCGAGUGCCCAGAGCUCAACCUCCACGUCAACCCCGGUACCCUGGGUGGCCGCUUCACAACUGUCGAGGGUCUCUUGACAAACGUACGCAACGAUUUGCACAGCCAGAUUUUUGAAGUUAACGCCAAGGCUGGUGAAGGUGGUGACUCGCUGGACUCCAACGAGAAGACCCAGUGGGAUCUCUUCUUUGAGGGCCUUGACGCCGCCAUUGCCGGACAGAAGCGCUUUACUAUUAUCCUGACCGAUCCCUUUGCCAGUAGUUUUGUACAGCCUCUUGUUGACCCCCCUGCUCCCGACCCCAAGAUUACCAAGGAGACUUACGAGCGAACUCAGGAGGAAGAGGAGGAGCUCGGUUUGCUCGACAUGAAGCUCGAGGGCUACGAGCAGCCUGAUGCCAAGGUCGAUGAGGACAAGAUGGAGGAAUAA